GGAAAGGAAAAACUGGGAGCAUAUUCUCUCUCAAAAUUGAAGCUUUUUGUGUUUGUGUGCAUAUUGAAGGGGAAGGCACUUCCUACUCUCUCCAGAAAUCGAGGAGGAUUUUGCACUUUCUUCUAAAAGUCAGAGCGCAACAUCUCAAUUCUUAAUCCACAGGAAAAAGAAAUUGUAUUUCUUCAACUUGGGAUAACUUGUGUGGGUGUCAUUUGUCCCAUCUGAUGAUUUGUUUCCAAUCAUUGUACUCAUUACGGCUGAAAUUCUUUUCAAGAACGCCUUUUUUAUACUCUAUUUCCCAUAUUUUCCUCCCUUCUGAUGUGUUCUUUAUAUGUUGCUUUAACUGCUUGAGAUUUCGCCUAAAAAUUUGACAACCCUUGUGUGUUGGCCAGAGUUGGUUACAUCUGUCAGCAUCUCUGUAAUUAGCUGGGAAUCAGUUUUAACUGUAUUUCAGGGGGAUUUUUGGUUGAGAUUUCAUUCAAGCUUGGAAAGUCAUAUUGACUGAAAACAUGGCUAAAUGGCUUCAUUCGACUUCAUUUGCGGAUUUGCCUUCGCAUUUGAUCUUAGAAGUUCUAACGUCUGGUCGGCUGAACACUUAUGAUCUUGUUUGCUUGGAGUUGACUUGCAAGUUGUUUGGAGGGAGCCAUGAGCUGUACCCUCUCAAGUUUCAGUCAUUAGUUGAUUUUGCAGCAUUUCAGUUAUGUAUAUCACACAACAUUUAUUCCGGAAUGGGAGAGGAUUCCAAAAGACAACUUUUUGAUCGCUGUCAAGGGAAGUGGAAACGGGUUUUUCGGUUCCUGCAAUUGGUGGAGAAAUCUUCCAACAUCGUUGAGACCUCAGAAGGCAAUCAGAUGCAGAUAGCAACUGGAAGAUAUCAUACAUUACUGAUCAGCAAUGCAUCAGUAUACUCUUGUGGUUCCAGCUUAUGUGGUGUUCUGGGUCAUGGCUCUGAAACUACGCAAUGUGUAACAUUUACCCGAAUAAAUUUUCCACCUUCUAUACACGUUGAGCAAGUUUCUGCUUCUCACAAUCAUGCUGCUUUUGUCACACAAUCAGGACAGGUUUUCACCUGUGGAGAUAAUUCAUCAUUUUGUUGUGGGCACAGAGAUACAAGCUGUCAAAUCUUUAGACCUAGACUUGUUGAAGCAUUAAAUGGAAUUCCUUGCAAGCAGGUCUCUGUGGGGCUUAAUUUUUCAGUGUUUUUAACAAGACAAGGCCACGUCUAUACAUGUGGAACAAACACAUAUGGUCAGCUUGGCCAUGGCGAUACUCUAGAGGGACCUACUCCAAAGAUUGUUCAACGGCUUCUGGAAAUUGGAUCUGUAAUUCAGAUUGCUGCUGGUCCAAGCUAUGUAUUGGCCGUAGUUAAUGAUGGGAGAGUAUACUCUUUUGGGUCAGGAUCUAAUUUCUGCCUUGGCCAUGGAGAGCAGCACAAUGAGUUCCAGCCUCGUGUCCUACAGACAUUUAGAUUGAAGGAUAUUCAUGUUGUUUCUGUAUCUGCUGGAGAUGAGCAUGCAGUGGCAUUAGAUUCGAAUGGAUUUGUUUAUACUUGGGGAAAAGGCUACUGUGGUGCCCUGGGCCAUGGAGAUGAGAUUGAUAAGACUAUUCCUCAACCCCUAAACAGCCUUAAGAACCACCUUGCAGUGCAGGUAUGUGCGAGAAAGAGGAAAACUUUUGUGUUGGUGGACAACGGUACCGUUUAUGGUUUUGGGUGGAUGGGGUUUGGUAGCCUUGGAUUUCCAGACAGAGGAGUAUCUGACAAAGUCUUGAGACCUCGAAGCCUCGACAGCUUAAGAACUCACCGUGUUUCUCAAAUCAGCACGGGGCUGUAUCACACUGUCGCGGUUACUGAGGAAGGAAAAAUAUUCGGCUUCGGGGAUAAUGAACGAGCACAAUUGGGACAUGAAUCUCUGAGAGGAUGCCUUGAACCCACUGAAAUCUUUAUCCAGGAUUUGGAUGAUGAGAGUACUGUAUCAGAAUCUGGGUAGUUAGCCUAGCUCUCAUCUUCACUUUAGAUAUUUAUAACUUUAUGUUUGAUAUUAACAUUUCAAUCACCAUUGUCGACUUAUUCGAAAUCUUAGUGGAUUUGAUGUAAUUUUCUCUGUGAAAGACUAAAAACGUUCUACUUUAGUUCAGUUUUACUGCUCUUGUUACUAAA